UGCAGCAGCAGAGAAGUUAAAAGUCGCCUCUUUGAGGAGCUGGAGGAUUUUGGUCUGAACACACUGGAUCAACAUGUGGAGCAGCAGCUGGAUUUUACUUUUCUCUGCACUUUGUGUCGUCCAGGCCACAAACAAGUUUUACUCGACAGUCCGCUGCGAGUGCAAUGGCCGGUCUCCGUACUGCCUUCCAGACGCUCUGGGUCUGCACUGCGUCGACUGUCAGGGAAACACUGAGGGCCGCCACUGCCAGCACUGCAAGGCCGGCUUCUUCCUGCAGGGGGCAGCACUGAGCUGCACGCCCUGCCGCUGCAACACUGCAGGGUCUGUCAGUGCCACGUGUGACAGCAGGGGGCGCUGCAGCUGUAAAGAAGGUGUGUCAGGAGACAAAUGCAGCCGCUGCCCAGACGGACCAAUCGGACCGAGCGGCUGCUCGCAAAGACGUCGGCUCAGAGAGGAUUCUGGGAGUCGGACUCUGGCAUGUUUCUGUUACGGCCACAGCACCAGGUGUUCUGCACAGCUCGGUUUCUCCGUCCACAACAUCACGUCGACCUUCACCGACGGUGUGGAUGGUUGGACGGCAGCCACCGCUCAGGGCGCCACCCCCGCAGACGUGGACUUCAGAUGGUCCCCGACUCACCAGGACCUGGAGGUCAUCUCCAGAAACGGUCUGCCGGUCUACCUGCACGCCCCGGCUCCUUACCUGGGGAACCAGCUGCUCAGUUAUGGUCAGAACUUUUCCUUCUCUCUGCGUCUUGACCGUGGCGUUCGACACCCGUCCACCAGUGACGUGGUCCUGGAAGGGGGGGGCGUGAGAGUCUCGGCCUCGCUGGGCGACCUGCGCUCUAUUGUCCCCUGUGGAAAGAAAAUCAAGUACAGCUUCAGAUUGGACGAGCAGCCCGGCAGCGGGUGGCUUCCUCAGGUCUCCUCCUUCCAGUUCCAGAAGCUCCUGCAGAAUCUAACCGCCGUCAAGAUCCGGGCGACGUUUGGUGAAAACGGACGUGGUUACAUUGAUAACGUUCAGUUGGUGUCAGCCCGGCGUCAGGAUGGCGUCCCGGCCCGGUGGGUCCACGCCUGCAGCUGCCCCCCGGGGUACGAGGGCGAGUCCUGCGAACGCUGCUCGGCCGGGUUCAGGCGCAGGACCCCGGCAGACGGAGCCUUCAGCCCCUGCGAGCCCUGCAGCUGCAGAGGAGGCAGCUGUGACCCUCAGACCGGAGACUGCUACUCGGCUGACGAGACGCCCGGAGAGCAGAGCUGCUCCCAGGGGUCUUACCGGGACCCCUGGAAGAGCCCUGGGAGCCCCAGCAGCUGUGUGAAGUGUCCCUGUCCAGAGGGCGUGUCCUGCUCACUGGCUGCUGGUUCACUGCAGCCUCAGUGUGACCGCUGUCCCACCGCCACCGCCGGUCCUCGCUGUGAUGUGUGUCAGGAGGGGUUCUAUGGCGACCCUGCAGGGCUCACCGGAGUGCGGCGUCCUUGCCGACCCUGUGAGUGCAACGGCCACAUCGACGUGAGCGUGGAGGGAAGCUGCGACCGCCGCAGCGGCGAGUGUCUGAGGUGCGUGAACAACACGAGGGGGCGGAGCUGCGAGGCCUGUGUCACCGGGUUCCACCGCAGCCGACUCGCUGACGCCUGCAAACCGUGUGACUGUGACCUGCUCGGAUCUGAGUCCCGACAGUGUGACGCCGCCGGACGCUGUCUCUGCAGACCGGACUUCGAGGGCCUGAGGUGUCAACGCUCCAGCUGCCCCAGAUGUUUCAGCCCCAUCAAGACACAGGUGGGCGUCCACGCCGCCAGGCUGAAGGAGCUGGAGACUCGACUCUCACACAUGGGCGGAGGUUGGACUUCGGCCAACAGCGCCACCAUGGAGGCGGCUCUGAGAGCAGCCGAGCAGCUGGUGGACGACCUGCAGGACGACACAGAGGAGCUGACAGAAAUGGAGAAGAGACUGCAGGGUCGUCUGUCGUCCAUCAGCAGGAGUCAGCUGGUCGAGGGACAGAACAUCCAGAACAUCGGGGACACGGUCGAGAACAUCAAACAACAACAGAGGAAGUACAAGACGGAGGUGGAGGACGUCCAGACCCUGAUGGCCGCGAUGAAACUCAAACUGGAGGAGGCCAAGGCCAGCCUCCGAUCACUGGAACUUCCUGUCGGAGACGCUCCCAUUGGCUCGAACAUCCUGUCCUCGUUGGUGCAAACUGCAACCAGCCUCGCGGAUAAACACCAGGCGAAGGCCACAGCCGUGGACGAGACCGCCAGCGACGCUCUGAGCGACUCGGAGAAGAGUCUGGCCCUGGUCCGGACCCUCAUGAACAAAGAGAACAAAGUCAAAGAGCUGAUUGGAGAUCUGAGAACAACGUUUGAUGAGGCUUCGGGGAGGGUGAAGGGUCUGGAGGACCACGCCAUCCGUCUGAGUGGCAACGCCAAGGAUGAGAGCAAGAUGGCCGAUGAAAUGUUGAAAGAGAUCGCCAACAUGGAGCGCAACAUCCCGACGUCCCUGAAGGAAGGGGUUGACGCCAUGGUUUCCAAGUUGGAUGACCUGAAGGGUCAGGUGGACGAGAACGUCUCAGGAAUUGAGGCGUUGCAGGACGGCGUGCAGCGAGACAAAGCCGCCGCCCAGAACCUGCUGGCCAACGGGAAGUCUGCUCAGCAGGGGUUCAACAAGCUUGUGGACCGAGUCAACGCUGCGAAGGCCGACACCGACGCUGCUCUGGGACGAAUCAGCAGCAAGGAGCUGGACGACGCCCUCAACACGCUGAGAGGGUUCGACCAGCAGAUUGACAGCGGUCGAUCUCUGGCCGAUGCCGCCAUCAGGCGUCUCCCUGUGAUCGAGGCCACCAUCCAACAGGCCGUGAGCAACAACGAGGAGACGCUGUCUGUCCUGGGGGACGUGUCUGAUGGUUACAACCAGGCUGUGGGACACGUGGACACGCUGCGGGGCCUGGUCACCAGCGUGGAGGGGACGUUCGGCUCCUUGCCGUCUCACGUCGGUCUGCUGAGCGACGCCACCAAACUGAGCAGCGAGACGAAGGACAUGAACAAGGAGGUGCUGGACUUGGGUGUAGGCGUGGGAGUUGAGCUGGACGAGGCCAGGAGGCUGGAGAUCGAUGCAAAGCAGGCUGCCGCUGGAGCCGCCGCCGCUUUCAACAACACCAGCCUGACCAGAGGAGCCGUGGGUCAAACACUCAGAGAGAUCAGACGCCUGCUGGCCAACAUGAACCAGCCUGGGACGGUGGAUGAAAGUCGCCUGAAGCAGCUGGAGGCGUCCCUGGCCGACGCCCAGAGGGACGUGGAGGCUCAUCUGAGGCCACGCCUCCGGGACAUGGAGCAGCAGGAGGACGCGAUGCGUCUCCGGCUGAGCACCAUCAACCAGGACAUCACAACCAUCCUGCGAGACAUCGUAAACCUGGAGGACAUCCUGAGGUCCAUCCCCAACGGCUGCUUCAACAGCCCCCCCAUCGAAGAGGCCUGAGGCUUGUGAUUGGUCCAAAAUAAAAUGAUAUCACCACAGAGUCCUAGUGAUUGGCCAGUGGGUGAACGAAUUAUCCACAUGAAUUAUAAAACAGUAGAAACAUACUUUUUUUUCACAAUUUUUCAAGUUUCUUUCAGAAGCAGAAAAAAACUUUAUUUUUGCACUUAUCAACAACUUUUCAACUUUAAAAUUCUUCAUAUUUGUCUGUUUGUAAUUCUGACGACUGAAUGUUUGAUAUUUAUAUCUGUAAAUACACUUUUUAUCUC